AUGCAGACAUUUGGAUUAGGAACCUCCAGCCUCUAUGCCAUAUUCCUCAGCGGUCUUGUCUGUCUCACGUUUCUAGCUGGACUGAUUAAAGUCUGGUUUAAAAAGCGAGACUUAAGAAAAAAGGUCGAGCUUGCCAAAAUCGAAGCAUCGAACAAACAAACAGAUUUAGAAAAGCUAGUCGGCGAAAGAGAACUUGAUGAAGGAGACCUCUUUGGAGUGAGAGCAAUACAAGCCGGUUUUUACGGAGGGGUUUCUCAAUCAACUCCUAAUUCUCCAGCGACAAGUCGGUCAUCUAGCGUCUGCUCUCUAGGACUCGCUCCGCCGCGGGAAGAUACUAUCAAACUUUCUCCCAGCUUCCUACAACCCCCUGAAAUACGAACAAAAUCUCAUCUGAGGAAAGGUUCAAGGCCUAGCCCGAUCCAAUCCACCACAUCUCAGAACGAAAAUCCUUACUUGACGGGGCUCGGUAGCCCACUGGGCAGUCAUUCAUGCUCAGGGAAAUUUGGCCAGUCUACUGAAUCAAAUGGAGAGCAAAAUUCGCUCCCGCCAACCUUACGAAUAAAUCACUCAGGCCGGGGUGCGCUAGUCGUCCCCGCUCCACCGGAACCCGCAUUAAAAUCAGCAUCUGCAACAAUUCAGAGCUUCGCCGAAGCAAGGCCAACAGCUCAUAACUCUAUAGAAUCUCUGGAAGAGUUCCCCAGGAGAAGCCAAUCAUUUUCUGUAUUCCUUCCGUCCCCCAAAGUACGCCCAACGCCUGCUCGAAAUUUUUCGUCGAAUGAUAACAAUCGGUCCGGUGCGAAGAUGGAAAAAGGUAUUACACCACAUCUCUCUCUUACGCUUAACAGCCUUCCGCCAACUGCUGUAAUUCGCGACUCUAUUGUAUCGAAGAGACAGGUAUCUAUUCUCCAACCGUCAAUUCAAGCACCCCAACAAUCUACUAUUGAAGAUCAGAACGACAGCGACACAACAUCUGUAUAUUCCGCACGUUCUCUAAAUUUCGAAACAUCAAAAAAUAAUGAGCAAAAUACAACUUCAUCUGACGUUGUUUCUCCUUCAGAUUAUUUCAUGCCUGUUAAAGGCACACGUACACUUCUAAGUCCCAAAAAAACCCACAUGAUGAGAUAUCCUGAAACUAGAAGCGACAUGUCACAUUUACAACAAUCUGAAGAACCUAACAGUUCGUGUGACUCUGACCUAAGUUACUCAUAUCUCUCUGCUCGUUCCAGUAAUUCUAGCUCAAGCUCUCUCUCGACUAUGGAAAGACUGCCCGCUAAAGGAAAUAGUAAUACGUUAGAUAUUUCCCUUCUAAAUUUUGAUCACUUUUCAGAAAGCAGCACAAACAAUGAAAGACGAAACUCAAGGCCUACAUCACAAGGAUCUAUAAGUGAUUUUUACGAUACCUACUUUCGUCAGUCCAUACUACGGCAGAGUACUUUCGACAGUUCAAAAUCAUCUGAUCUGAAAUGGAGGAAUGAAUGUCCUAUCAAUUUCGGAAAGGCUAUAAUAGUUGAACCCAUGAAUACUGGGAAGAGAGUUCUCGCACCUAAAGGUCUAGCGAAGGAAAUAAUUGUGGAUCUAAAACCACAGACAUUUAAAUCGGAUGGUUAUAAUGGUGAAAGAUAUCCAAAAUUGAUAUCUCCUUUAGGAUAG